UCUGUUCUUCGUUUCUUUCUCUCGUCCUGCCCCAGUUGUUGCCCAGUUGCCCAUACCCCUCUCGCCCUCUUUAUCCUUUUUCUUUUGGUUAAUCUUCUUCUCUAUUUCUAUCUCUAGAUUUUUUGGGCUGGGGCCCCUUCAGGACAGCGCCACUGAAGACAACCGCAAAGUCCUUACUAUCAUUUAUUAAAUCUUAAGAAACCCGCAAACACUCUUAGGGCCAGGCCUCACCCCAGCUCUAAUCCCCUCUCCUCUCCAAAACCCUUUCUGGCUUCCACUGUUACAGCUUCCUCCCUCUCUUUCUCCGUUGUCAUUUUUCUCUUAUCCAGGAAAAGAUGGCCAAGGACUCGGACGAUUGUGAGCACCGUUUCCUCCCUCAGUUCUUGACUGACGACGACGACGAACUCUUCGCUGACUUGAAGACCAGCAGCAAGAAGAAUGAUGCCAGAAACACCGCCAAGAGUUGCUUCGGGAUGGAUUCUUGGCAUGAGUUCGGAUAUGGGCUUGGUCCCUUUGGGUCUCAAUCGGGUCUAAGUUCACCCCUUGAAGGCUCAACCGAGACCGAAAGUGACGAUGACGACUACGUUACUGGUCUAACGCAACGACUGGCUCAUUCCACUUUCGAAGACCCUGCUUUAACCUACGAAACCAACAAACUGGGAUGGGGUCUGUCUAGUUCACCUCAGUCGACACUCUGCAGUGCUUUGUGUGGUGGAUGCGGCUGCUAUCACGGCUCCAGCCGCCCAAACUGUCCCUCGAAGGCAGCUUCGCCGCGGGGGAUCAACAAAACCGACGCGGCCUGGGAUCUGCUAUUACAUGCGGCUGCAGGGGAGGUUUCUCGCAUGAGAGUGAUGGAGGGAGCUGGUGGGUUUUACCCCAACAAGAAUGGUGGACUAGUUGGGCCUCCCACAAAACCUAGCACCAUCUCCGUACCUCAGAGAAUCCCUAGCCCAAGUCUUGGUUUUCGGCCUGACCACCAGACCCAUCUUUCUCAUCAGCAGCAUUUAAAAGUCGCCCAAUUUGAGCAGCUGAGGCAGCAACAGAUGAUGAGGCAGCAGCAGCAGCAGCAGCAGCAGGAGGCGAUGGGUGUAUGGGGUCAGGCGAAGUUUCAGUUUAGCCAGACCCAACAAAUGAUGUUGAAUAGUGGGAGGAGUGGAGGGAAGAAGCCUAAUCUUUCAAUGGCUGCUUGGCCUACUCUGGAACAACAAUCCCAGCGGCCGCUGCAGCAUCCCGGUUCGGGCAUGAGGGCUGUAUUUCUGGGAAACCCCAAUAUUAAAAGGGAAUGUGCUGGAACUGGUGUUUUCUUGCCCAGAAGAUUCGGAACCCCGGCUGUAAGCCGCAAGAAGUCAGGAUGUUCGACGGUUUUACUGCCGGACAGAGUGGUCCAGACCUUGAAUUUGAAUUUGAACAAGGAGGGCGUGGAUGUUCCGGCUCAGCCCGCAUAUAAUGCGGGUCGGGCCUCUGAUUACGAUGCGGGAGCUUUGAGAUAUAGAAAUAGUAGCAGUAGCAGCAGCAGCAGUGCGGGGGGGAUGGGUCAACAACAGAGGGGCGGAUUGAGACAGCAGGCGGCGGUGAUGAACCACCAACAAGUCCCAGAGCUCAGACUUCCUCAGGAGUGGUCUUACUGAUAGGAAAUUCAGAACCAUUGCAGCAAUUCAUGGCAUUUACUGAUGGGAUAUGUUUUGUUUUGUUAGUUGUUAGUUGCUAGUGUGGGAUGGGAUAGGGGUGAUUUUAGGAUAGGAGCGGAAAAUACUUUGAAAUGAAAGAAAGGAGGAAAAAGAUGAUGAAGGUUGUGGAUGAUUAUUUAUGAUAUACUGCUACUGGUAGGGUAUUAUUAUUGAGGGUCAUAGUUAGAGUUUGAUUUAGUGGUGUUAAUGAAAGGAGGAGGAAUGAAUAAAGAGUAGUGUCGAGUGAGUGUGAGAUGGAAAGGAGAAGAAUGCAGGAGCAGCUUUUUUGUUCAUGUUGGCCUGCCUGCUCGAAAAGCGGUGGAUGACAGUUGUUGGUCUUUUUGUUCUUCCGUUGGAGUUGGAGUGAAUGAAUGAUAUGCUCUUCUCUUCUCUUCUUCUUCUACUUCUAAAUUCUAGUAAUAAUAAAUAAAAAAAAAGUCGGUUUGGUAGUUGUUUGCAAAUUCAAGUCCAAAAGUAGAGUACUAGUCGGCCGAUGGCAAUCUUUAUUUAUUCUUGGCUGUGAGAAACUCUCUCUAUUAUUGUUCAGAUUUAUUUCCACACCCCCACUGCUUUCUUUUUAUAUGGUAGUAUAUUCAAUAGAA